AUGGAGGCUUUUUAAUUAAAAUUAUAACGAAUGAAAAAUUACAAAUAACAACUAUAAUACUUAUUGUAAAAACCUAUUGCGAGUCCUCAAUUCCGAUAAAUAUUUCUUGAAUGUGACCAAUAUCAAAUGAUAGUUUAAGUGCUAAUCGAAGCCAAAUCGGAUAAAAUUAGCGUAGUUAAAGAACAAUUGAAAUUGUUUGGACUAUUGGCUGAAUGUGCCAAUGAAAACUUGAGUCCUCAAUUACAAAUGAUAUUCACUCAUCUAUUAAAAAGAAUAAAAGAUUUCGAAUCAAUGAGUUGUGUUUGCACACAAGUACCUGAAAUCAUAGGAAAAAUAGUCAAACAUUGUUGUUUCGACGGAGAUGUAUUAAAUAGCAUUUUGAAACCACUCAUGAAUCAUUUGAAUUAAAAUGCUUAACAUGCUCUCUGUUUAACCAGAGUAGUUUAAUUUUUGUCUUACGAAAUCCUCGAACAAAAUGCUUUAUUCCUAUUUAGGAAAUUCAUCUCAUUAUUGAAUCAACAACAUGGUAAAGUGGAGAUCCUAGAAGGAAUGGCUGCAAUCAUCUUAAGUGUGGAGGAGUAAUCAGAUAUCUUUGCUGAUGAAAUCAUCCCUCAUUUGUAAUAAUUGCUGUCUAAUCAAUAGUGGCAAGUGAAGAAGAUGGCUCUAGACAUAUUGUACUCUCUUGUAGUCUUCUAAAAAGAUAAAAUUCAGGACCACUCCUAUUUUAAGGAAUUAAUGUAUGAGUUAAAAUCAAAUAAGAUAAAACAAGUAAGAGAUUCAGCAAACUUAAUAUUGGAUGUGUUACAAUAGAAUAAUUAAAUGUAAUCGAAUAAUUCUUAAUAACAAUUAAUACAACCCUAAUUAGAUAAGUAAGUUACAUCUGUUGAAAGAUAGACCAACUAUGGAGGUUAAAUUAAAUCCUAAUCUCAACCUUAAUUAUUAAUUAACACAACCAAUAAGUAAUCACACUUAAAUAAUGCUAUACCUCAAUAACCACAAACUCCUUCUCAACAAUAAAUGAAUCGACUAUCGCAAACACCUGCUUAAACUAACAAAGCUAACGCAGAUGACAAACUUCAAUUGGCAAUUGAAGCAAUAUAGUUAUUGAGUGGGAUAUUGAAGGCCAAAGGAAUGUGUGAUCCAGGAGAAACCUAAUAAAUAGACUCCAUAUUGAAUAGAUUGAAUGAAAGAGAUAGUUACAAUCAACCUACAAUCAAAUUUUUUCAGUUUAAUGAUGCUGAGACAUUUAUUAGCAGGGAGGCAGCAGAAAUCUUGAGAGAAUUCAAGGAGAAAUAAAGAUAAGAUUAUCUAAGAUGA